CGCAUUUCCUGCUUGUGCCCUCGCAUCACGCCAAAAGUUCACUUUAUUCAUACACUACCCAAAUUACAACACAACAUAACUCUUCGAGGAUCGAACCGACAGGAACUUGACCAACAACUUUCAAGAUGUCGGACGUAGAAGAGAACAACGCCCCCGAGGUGGCUGAGGAGGUCGAGGUUUCCGCCGAUGCCGGCUCCAAGGGCCAGAUGUCCGUUCUUGACGCCCUCAAGGGUGUCCUGAAGCUCGCCCUCAUGCACGACGGUCUUGCCCGCGGUCUCCGUGAGGCUUCCAAGGCCCUCGACCGCCGCCAGGCCCACAUGUGCGUCCUCAACGAGGCUUGCGAGGAGGAGGCCUACAAGAAGCUUGUCAUCGCUCUCUGCUCCGAGCACAAGAUCCCCCUGAUCAAGGUGCCCGACGGAAAGCAGCUCGGCGAGUGGGCUGGUCUCUGCGUGUUGGACCGUGAGGGCAACGCCCGCAAGGUCGUCAACUGCUCUUGCGUCGUCGUCAAGGACUGGGGUGAAGAGUCCCAGGAGCGCUCCAUCCUUCUCAACUACUUCCAGACCGAGCAGUAAAUUUGGGUAUGACUUCAUGAUUUGAAUUUGGGCGUCACUAUGGGGAGAAGGAUUUUUAGAGGGGUGGCGGGGAAAUCUGGAACCGUCGCUAUGAACGAUCUUUCGGUUGUACUCUAGCUUCUUCAGCUGGCAUCUCGAAACAAAAAAAUGGAGGACUCCCUCUGGAGGUCAGGUCAACAUGCAUCAAAUACAAAUAAAGAGAAACGGCAUUGGGCACUCUUGAACCAAACAAA